UUACUCUGGUAAAAUUUCUGCUGUUGAUUUUUUUUUGUAUACUUUUCCAAAUAUUUCAACUUCUUUUUUCGUGAUAUUUUGAAUUCGCAUGUUAUAAAUUUUGCCCCAACCUACAUUUCCAAAAAUUGCAACUUUAUUUAUUGUUUUUGACUUUAAAAAAUAACUUUUUUCUUUAAUAUUUCAACGUCAUGCGACUAAAAUAACAUUUCUCCUCAUACUGUUACUUUAGUCUUGAGAAAUUCUGACUUUUUUUCUUGCUAGAUUACAACUCUUCUCUUAAUAUUUUGACUUUUGAUAAAUUUGUUCUGUUGCUGUUGUUUUUUUAAAGUUUCCUUGUUAAAUUACAUUUUUGGACUGUGCUGCGCGCCGAUAAAAUCACAGCCGUUGGCCACAAAUGGCCCCUGGGCACCGCACCUUGGACAUCCUUGUUCUGAACCUUAAUAUUAUCCGAUCAAGCGAGAAGAUAUUCCAAGCAUUUUUUGUUAUCAAAAAGAAAUACUUGAAUGUCUGCUUCUCACCUUGACAUUCUCACUUGGCUUUUCAUUUCAAAGCAAGCGAUCAAAUCAAGUUGUUAGUAAAAAAUAUAAGAAUUAAAUGCAUGGGCAAUUGUGUAAUAAUAUCAUGAGGUUAUAUUCAUGUUUCUAUUCAUAUAUAUAUAUAUAUAUAUAUAUAUAUAGACAUUUACAAGUGGCCUUCUGAGGACAGCCAUACCUGCAAUGUGCAUGGCCUUCAGUGAAAACAAAGUUUGACGCCCCUGCUCUAGUCUCUUGAUCUUCAGGGAGUAACUACGGGUAAAUAUACACUCAUAAUGACAGGGUGGACUUGAGAAGGAGAUGAUUAAAUAGUUCCAGCAUUGUAGAUUUUCUUUUGUGUUUCAGAGUGAGGGAGUGAUAAAGUGAAUGAAUGGCCUUUUCUUUUCUUUUCUUUUCAUUAUUACGGUUACACGAUGUAAUAUGUCCACCCUGUUAACCUUGUAUAUUUAAUAUUAAUUACAUAAAAUGUAGUGAUAUUUUGAUUGUCUUUGAGGUUCUUAACAUGGUGAAUGAGUUAAACAACUGAAAUCGGUGACAAAGCAGGCACAUGUCCGUUCAACUUUCUUUUUAUUGCAAAUGAAUGUGUUGGAUCUACAUUUUGCUUUAAAAUAAAACAUGCUUUUUUUUAAGACAGUAGGUAUUUAUUGAUAUUUCUUUUUAAUACUUUUACUUAAAACAUAAGGGACAUUUUAGGUCUUCAAAAAUGAAAAAAAAAACCCACAACGACUAUGCAUUAAGAACACUUGCCAAUUAAUAUGAAAAUGUCCCGUACCAGGGUGGACAUUUGGACUAUGUUGCAUGCCAAGAAUUUAUUCAAUAUCCUGAGCUUGAUAAAUUUGUACAUUUCUUGUUGUUUACUAAGCCCUCUUUCAGGUAUGAUAAAUUCUUGCAAAAGAAAAGCUUUUUGUUUUUUUUAAAGUUACAAUGCUGAAAUGGCAUCGAAUUGUAUUUAACGGUUUAGACUUGAAUAGGUGACUUUUGACCUUAUUACACCACUAAAACAAAGUACUGAGUGUGCUACAUAUGCCUAUGUAGGAACAGUGUUGCUAGGUAUCCAAAAGUAAACCAAAACUAUUCUAGCUUCCCAACAGUGACUGUAUUGCUAUAAUUACCAUUUGAAGUACAGUCAUCCCUCACUACAUUGAACGGAAAACUUGAACGGAACCAAUCAAAGUAAUCAUGGAAAACUUACCUACCGCCUGCAGUUCACGCAAGACACGGUUUUAUUGACUGCUCCUCCACACAAUAGGCAGCUCUCUGCUGUUGUGUGCUGCAGUGAAAUGCGUCCAAGUGGAAACAGCAGUUAGGCUGAACUAAUCUUCUGCACCACAGAGCCACAUUUGUCAAAACGGCCACCCUGACCACCCCGUAGCUACGCCACUGUUGCUCCCUCACUCUAUCAUUGUUUUUCAAAAAUUCAUUAAUAAAUGAUCGUUGUUUUGUGGUUGACUACGGCCUAUUACUUGGAAUAAAAAAAAUGUAUAUUUAACCAAACUGUAUGUAUUUUUGUCCAAAUUGUAAAUGAAGUAAAAUACAAAUACAGUACAAACCGUUAAAACCACCAUUCAACGUGUGAAUGUAGAAUUCUACAUUGGUCACUAGGUGGCAGUAAUUGUUGGGUGAGAGAAGCACUCGACGUGAGCGACCGGCUUUUAUUGCAGGUUGAAAUGAUCUCACAACAGGCACAGCAAUAAUAACAUAAUAAUCCUAAUCAUAACACGGGUUACUGUUGUGGCCAUAACCCACAACAAGCUAAAACUCAAGUCUGAACCCGCAACGUCACUUCCUGUCUGCCAUCGAUUCUGCUCCCCUACAAGCAUGGGCGGUCUUACAGUCCGGGGGCUCGGCGCUGGACGCAGUGGAGAAAGGAUGCGCUCGCUGCCAAACGGAGCAGUGCGACGGCAGCGUGGGUUACGGCGGCAGCCCAGACGAGAUGGGGGAGACCACACUGGACGCCAUGAUCAUGGACGGCGACACGAUGGAAGUGGGCGCCGUGGCCAACCUGAAGAGGAUCAAGAACGUGAUCGGGGUAGCGAGGGCAGUGAUGGAGCACACAGAGCAUACCUUGCUGGUGGGAGAGUCGGCGACGAUCUUUGCAGAAAACAUGGGCUUCAUCGCCGAGGACCUCACCACCGCCAAGUCUGUGGAUAUUUUCACACAGUGGCUGAAGGGCAACUGCCAACCUAAUUACUGGAAGAAUGUUUUUCCAGACCCAUCCAAAUCCUGUCGACCCUACAAGCCUGCUGUGACACUGGGACUGAACAAAAAGAGGUGGCAUGCUGAUAUUCGUUCUCAUGACACCAUUGGGAUGAUCGCAUUUGAUCAAUACGGUCACUUGGCCGCGGGGACGUCCACUAACGGGCUCACUCAUAAAGUUCCAGGGUAUGUAAACGCUUCAGGGCAAAGAUGUACGGUAACGUCUAAUACUUCAAUGUUGCAUCAGAGACCGCUUCUACAGGAUUCUUGUGCUGUGUGUUUGUGCUGCUCCUGUCAUAGUCGAGUGGGAGACUCUCCGAUAGUUGGAGCGGGAGCCUACGCCGACAGCUCUGCCGGCGCUGCUGCGGCAACCGGUGAUGGAGACGUCAUGAUGCGCUUUCUACCGAGUUACUUUGCGGUGGAGCUGAUGAGGGCCGGGACAAAUCCCUCUGCGGCCUGCAAGAUGGCCAUUUCCAGGAUUAAGAGGCAUUACUCCGAGUUCUUUGGUGCGAUCAUCUGUGCUAACACAACAGGCCAUUAUGGUGCAGCAUGUAACAAGGUCCCUGGCUUCACGCAGUUUCACUACAUGGUGUCAAACACAGAGUCCGACGCGCCGCUUCUCAAGUCUGUGGACUGCUUUUAACUGUUUUUUUUGUUUAGUUUUUUUGAGUGACACUUUACAAAUCACUGAGUCCUCAUUGCUUUGACAAAUGAGCUUUUCACACAGAUGUUUUUGAGACAUAUAUUCAAGAAAUCCUUGGGAGCAAUUUACAGCCUUUAAUAAAAAUGUAAAAACAUUCUCAUGAUGACAGU